GCUGCGCUAUUUCCCUCCUGAUACCCGUUUACACUAGCAGUCAAGCCGAAACUUCAAACAUAGUAGCUCUCAAGUGCAAAUCUCCUAGAGUCGCACUAAAGUUCGAGCAUGUUCGAAUUUGAGGCGCCUUUACUAAUCGCCACUCAAGGCGCACGACAAAAUUGCUAGUGUAAACGCGCCUUGAAAGGGCCUACAUUUCCUACUAAGUCCUAGAUCGCUGCAUGAUAAGCACCCCACCGUUCAUAUAACGGUGUUAAAAAUGCGGUUUCUUCAGUCUUAAUACAAAGAAACGAUUCCUGAAAACACUUAACUUGAAGCAAGAAGAGGUUCCUAUCUGAAUCUUCCCACAUACUUUUGGGGCGGAAUGGAGGCUAAGGAACAAGAAAACUCAUCUCUCAGAACCAAUAACAGUCGUAAUGUAAGUGAAAUAAUCACCAGAGCAUAUGUCUUUGCUCCUGUCAGUAACAACGUCAAACUCGUUAUAUCCACUGCCAUGCUCUUGUUUGGAGUGUAUGGGUUGAUUGCGAACUCUCUGAUACUCUACUUCAAGCACAAGCAACACAGAAGAAGACGCCAUUUAAGACAAAAACCAUGCAGUCGAUCCUUGACAGAAUAUUUCAUCAAUAGUCUUGCCUUGUCAGAUUUACUUUCCUCUCUUAUCAGCCUUCCCUUAUUUACAGCUGAAAUGUUCAUAGAUUUUGUUCACAAUGACUGGAUUUGUAAAGUCAAUCGAUUCUUAAACAUCAUCUUCCCAGUUAUUACGAUAUUAAACCUUCUAGUUAUUGGGGUAGAAAGAUAUUUUGCUAGUUUUCAUCCAUUUAUUAAACCAAGUCGUCGUAAAGCUAAGAAAAUAGUUGUAGGAGCUUGGUUCUUGGGUGCUUUGAUAACUCUAGUUCCAAUACCCACGUACAAGCUGAUUCAUUAUGACAUUGGAGAAAAUUCGUUUACUUUAAUGUGCAAAUACGAUAAUUCUCUAGCUCUUUAUCAAGGACUUUUCUUAGGUUUUGUUGUUGUCAUAUAUUUCGUACCGAGUUCAAUUUUAAUUUUUGUGAAUCUUCGUAUUUUAAACUUAAUUCGACGCCACAGGAAUAUCGGAAAUCGAUACCAUUUUGGUCGGCUCAAAGCAACAAGAAUGUUCGUAUUUUUGAUAUUUGCAUUUAUCAUUCCUUACUCGCUGUUUUCAGUUUAUGGUGGACUGGUUGUCAUUCUAAAGAUUAGAGUCCCCUUAACUGCCGACUAUUUAACUCGACACAUGAGUGUGUUGCUCACAUUUGCUAAUGGAGCCAUUAGUGCAAGUAUAUUGUUCCAUAACGAAAGAUACUUGAGAAAAAUGCUCGUCGAUAUGUUGAAUGACACUUUUCCCCAUAUCCAGAUACAGGUUACUAACAAACGAGAGAACAAAAUCCAUCCGAUGGUAACCCGAGAAAUCAGACGAGUGCAGCAGUUAUAAUUUCAAAAUUCUAGAAGGCAAAAUUCAAUUUUUUGAGAAUUCUUGAGAAAUGUUCUUUUAUGACGAACGUGUUAAAAUCAUUACAUAUGAAAGAAUCAACUCCCAAGAGUGGCAUCACAUGGUCUGAGACGUGCGCGCACAACAAAGAACGAAGCUACGAAGCUACGAAGCUAAAGAGGUCUAUUGUGUCGUGGUGUGCAAGACUCCUACAUGGAAGAACACUGGCACCAAUUAUUCAUGAGUGACUUAGUGACAUCCUGCUGUUAUUCCCCUUCAUUUUCACCUCAACAAAUAAAAUCCUGCUCCUCUAAGAAAAUAUUUAGAAAGAAUCUUGCUAAAACGUUUCUAGUCCAACAUUAGCCAGUGAUGAUAUUAUUUCUUUUGUUAUUCUCACCUAAU